AUGCCUAAUGUCCUCAUUGUCAAUGACGAUGCUUCCUUCGCUUCAAGCAAUACUUUCUCUACUCAAGAUUCGAUAGAGCAACCACGACCAUCCCUCCGUCGAAGAAACACUGUUUCUCGGCUCACAAGAAGGGUGUCGAAGAAAAUAUCUCAAACAAUCCUCGGGGCCGGGGUUCAAGAACAUCAGCUGAGCGAAAAGAAUCUCAAAACCCUCAACAACACAACAAAUAUUGACUCACACGACCCACGCUCGCCAACUUAUCAGGUUAAUGAGAUUAAAAUAUACGACGCUAUUCACGAAGACAUCGAGGAGGAACACCCUACUUUCGACGUGGAAGCAGCGAGAGAGAUGCGUCUUCAACAGUCAUACGCUGCCUUUUGUCAAAACUUUACGCUAUCAGGAACAACAACGACGAGUAGGAAGUUCGACCUAUCGAUGGGAAUGGAGUGGGCAGACGAACAUACACAGUCCUCGCACACGGAUCAAACUCUCAAAGACAACGACAGAUCUGAACUUUUAGGUUCUCAUGCCAGUCCCGAGCAUAUAAACGUCCAUUCGAGGCUCAGACCAGACACCGUCGCAUUUCCCAUAUCAUUCCCAUCUACAGAUCUUGAUAACACACCCAUAUCACACUCAGCAACUGUGGAGAAAUUCUCUUCAUUGCCAGCCACAAAAACAUCAAAGGUCGAGAAAGAGCUCAAAAUAACGCCUAACUCCAAUUGCCCCCAACCACCGCCUCACAUCAUCACUCCUAUUGUUUGGAUGGACAUGCAACGCGACGAGCGAGAACGCAAGGCAUCUCGACGGCAAAGUCUCCUAAAUACGUUUCAGUCAUGGUUUACGACAAGCCAGCCCUCUUUGGGGCGGAGGUAUGAAGUCGUUGAAUAA